CUUUGGUUCAGGAGGAUCCAAACUAUGUUGUGAGGAGGUAUGAAAGUGGAAAAUAAGCCAUAGACCAAUCUGUGACCAAUGAAUACUUGAAGGCAUUGGUGAUGACAGACAGAGUAAACCAAGUUGACAUGAAAAAGAUCUUGUCUUCAGGCAAUGAUUAUGGCAGUACAUCAUCCCAUGGGGCACCAACCUCUCCUUUAGUUCAAACAGGAACUGAGGACAGUCCUAUACAUGUCAUUACUCAAAACCAGAAAGGUUCAUUCUUCCGAGAACAAUUUUGGAACACGGUCAGAUUUUUGAUUGCCCUUUUUCUGAUAACCUCCCUGAUUGAGGGACAACUUCAAAUGAAAUUAACUUCAGGUCACAAGGAUAUUCAGCCCAACACUACAGACAGAAAGUGCAGAUUUAGUGAUGUUCAGGGGGUGGAUGAAGCUAAGCAAGAAUUAAAGGAUGUCGUUGAGUUUCUGAGAAAUCCAGAGAGAUUUAAAAGACUUGGAGGAAAGAUGCCAACGGGAGUUCUUCUCAUUGGCUCACCGGGAACAGGCAAAACUCUUCUUGCCAAGGCUGUUGCUGGCGAGGCUGGGGUCCCUUUCUUCUUCUGCUCUGGUUCAGAGUUUGAUGAAAUGUUUGUCGGAGUUGGAGCUGCACGAGUCAGGAAUCUUUUUGCUGCUGCAAAAGAGCAUGCUCCCUGCAUAGUUUUCAUUGAUGAGUUGGAUGCAAUCGGUGGGACAAGAAUUGUUCACGAUCACCAGCCGUAUUCCAGAAUGACCCUGAAUCAGUUGCUGGUUGAAUUGGAUGGAUUUGAUACAGGAGAGGGGAUAGUUGUAAUUGGAGCAACAAACUUCCCAGAGGUUUUGGACAAGGCUCUAAUCAGACCUGGCCGAUUUGACACCAAGAUAACAGUACCGAUGCCCGAUGUUAAAGGGCGACAUGACAUCCUCAAGGUGCAUCUGAAGAAAGUACAAGUUGCUGAAGAAAUCAAUGUAGAAGUGCUUGCAAGAGGAACUGUCGGCUUCUCAGGGGCUGACUUAGCCAACUUGGUGAAUGUAGCCGCAAUUUAUGCAGCAAGUGAAGGAGAUGCCAGCGUCUCAACGAAGCACCUUGAAUUCGCGAAAGACAAAAUCAUCAUGGGUCCUGAACGGAAAAGUAAAGUCAUUGAAGCCAAGAAUAGGGAACUUGUGGCCUAUCACGAAGGAGGACAUGCGCUUGUGGCACUUUACACCCCUGAAGCUUUGCCAAUACACAAAGCAACUAUUGUACCGCGGGGUCAGACCCUGGGAAUGGUUGCCAUGCUCCCAGAAAAAGACGAGUUGAACUGGUCGAGAGCUCAGCUCCUGGCGCGGCUGGAUGUGGCAAUGGGCGGCCGUGUGGCAGAGGAAAUUAUUUUUGGCAAAGAGAACAUCACAAUGGGAGCCGCGAGCGAUAUGGAAGCGUCAAACAAGAUUGCCCAUGCCAUGGUGUCUAUAUACGGCAUGAGUGACAAGGUCGGAAUGGUUCAAGUGAAGGAUGUUUCGAAAUCGAGUCCUGAGUUACAGGCACUUAUUGAAAGCGAAGUCAAGCAGCUUCUGAAGGACUCUUACGAAAGAGCGACGAAUAUACUACAGACGCACUCUAAGGAACACAGCCGUUUAGCCGAAGCUCUGUUGAAAUACGAGACUCUUGACUUGCAAGAGAUCAAAGAAGUCAUUCAGGGAAAACAGCUCUCUAGAAACUUGUGAUGUUGGCUCUUCCAGACUGAACUUCUUUUUCGUCAAACUAAAUAUCAGCUGAAAUAUUUAAAUAUUCAUUUAAAUGUUGUCGUUACUGAAUGAGGCUUCGACUCCGUUUGUCGAUCAGCAUCUUGAAAAUUAAGCCUGUAAAUGUUUCAAGUUCGUCAUUUGCAUUUGUCUGGCAUCCUGAAUACCCUUGGGCCUCUUUGCUUUAUUCUCCUUGGCUUGGGUGCUCCUUUACUGGGGCGAACUACCGUAGCUAAAAUGUAAGGGGGACGCAGAAAGGAGGCAGGAUGUUACGCUGGACGAAGCAGUUCUUUACUUUAAAGGAACUUCAGUCGUAUUAACCACAACAGUUCGAAAAAUGCGUCAACACAUCUUUAAUUUGUACUAUAUUGCUAAACGUAAACAGGGUUAGCUUCGUAUGCCAGGUUUUUUUCUUUCACUUAUAGACCGAGACAGUAUCUGUUUUCUGAACUGCGCAUUUACACUGGCCCAUUGUGUUACUUGCCUAUUCCAACUUCCUCAGAAGUUGCAGCAAACGGUAAUCGAUUCUGUUUUCGUUGUUAACCGUUCACGAAUUUUUGUUUUUUGUUUGUUUGUUUUUUUUUUUUUACGUAAAGAUAACUCUCGGAGGCUUAACAGUACAUUGUUUUCCAAUCUAUUCCAAGCCUGAAAAACUGCACUUUAUUCCUUGAUCGACGUGUGUUUUUUGCCUGGGUGUUGUAUAUCCAGAUGCUUGUAUCUUAAAGCUUUUGUUUCUGUGAAAUCUAGUGAGUAUGAUUUUAGAGGUUCUUAACUGGGUAUUGAACAUUAGCCAAUCACAGAUUACAAAAAAGAUUCAAAGAACCAAUGAAAUGAAAAAAUCUCCUCAAAGCGCAGGAAAACGCGUCUGAUGUAACGCAGUGCUAUUUGUAAUGGUUUGUCAUUUGAUUGGCUGAUUGUCUGUUUAAGUCUUUUUGUAGUCUUCGUUAGGAAUCGGCGGCUUCACCUGAACGGAGACUGGUUAAAGAUACAACCUUUUCCUUUUUCCUCCUUCUCUGUGGAGGUGCGGCUGCCUAUUUUCUUUUUCCUUUUUUUACAACAAGAUUUGAUUCAGCAGGUUUUAAAAUCUUUGGAUAGUGUAGAUGGUAUGAUUUCAUGCCAGAGGUUUUUAUUCCCUGUUGGAACUUGAGGGAAGUUAUAUGAUGUGGGUAUAACAUUUGAAAUUAGAAUGGAGCAGGAAACAGAUGUUAGCUUUAAGACGUAAAUUAUCUCUGAAGACGAAUCAAAGAGUAGUAAUAAAAGUAUUAUCAUUUGG